UGGUAAAGAUUUGGAAGUUGUAUCUACCAAAGGAGCAUCUGAGAGACCAGGUGAUGGCAGAUGAGGUUCUUCCACCCAGGUCUCAGGUCCGAACACUGGGAUUGUCUCAAGGCUGCCGCUGGAACAUGUUUCAGGCAUCUAUGAUGUUUGAAGAUGUGGCUGUGUAUCUUACCCGAGAAGAGUGGAGCCACCUUGGUCCUGCUCAGAGAAACCUUUACAGGGAUGUGAUGCUGGAGAAUUAUGGGAAUGUGGUCUCUCUGGGAUUUCCAGUAUCCAAACCAAAUGUGAUCUCCCAGCUAGAAAGAGGGGAAGAGCCAUGGAUCCUAGACUUUCAGGAAGCUGAAGGGAGAGAAGUGCUGAGAGGUGACUGUUCAGAUUGUGAAUCAAGGAUUGAGGAAAAUGAGCUGUCUCCAAAGCAGGAAAUUUCUAAAGAGGUGGAACCACAAUGGACAAUAUUGGAAAGACUCACAGGGAAUGUUUCCCAAGGAUCCAAAUGGGGAGAAGUCUGUGAAUAUGAAGGAAGACCAAAGGAAAAUUGGGGAUCUUCUGUAAAGAGGAAACUCCUUUCUCAUGAGAGAGGUUUCAGGACAGUUCCAGCGAUCCACCAGUUAUCUCCAAUAGGAAUGAGAGUUCUCUGGCAUGGCAACUGUAGUUCAGAGCUUGCUGAUACCAGUAGUUUAAAGCCUCCUUUUCCCAGUACCUAUGGUUCAGAGCUCUCAGAAGUUCAGACCUUUACAGAACUAGUGUUUUCACCUUGUAGCCUCUGGCAGUCACUUAUUCCUUAA